UGCACCUGGGUUAUCCACCACUACUCUGUAACUAACCUUUUCGUGUUGGCAAUUUGGAUAACGCAAUGAUAAACCUCUCUGUUCCAGACUAGGGUUUUAGAAGAAAUUUGCAAAUCUUAUAGCCUUGGUGACUGCAAAAUCAAUCAGAAGCAAUACAGUAAGAAGCCAAAAGGGUUACCUUGGCUAGUCAUUCUGAGCUGGUGAUAUAGGUGCAGAGAUAAUAUCUAGCCAUGGUGAGUGUGAUAAUGGCUCCCACAUGGACAUCCUUCCCCAACAGUUGCAACAGAGAGAAUAGAAAGUUACAUAGUACUCUUGAGAAGGGUAACACUGUAAGAGCAAUGAGGAUCGAGAAACCGUUGGAAGAACUGUACAGGGUAAGGGUGGAAAGGAAUGUGUCUCAAGAGCGAUUGGCUGAGCUUGGGGUUUCAAGAUGGUCCAUAUGGAAGACCGGCAAGUGCAAGUUGCCCUGGGACUGGCAGGUAGAUCAGUUGGUGUACAUUGAGGAAGGGGAGGUCAGGGUUGUGCCUGAAGGGAGCGAACGCUUUAUGCAAUUUGUUGCUGGGGACCUUGUGCGUUAUCCCAAAUGGUUUGAAGCUGACCUCUUCUUCAAUGAUUUCUACCAAGAGCGCUACAGUUUUCGAGCAUAUGGUGAUGACUAGAAAAGGGCAUUACACUUCCUGCAUUGGGGCUUUUACCAAAGCUAUGUCCUGUGUUGUCUUCCAUUCCUGUUCUAUUUCGAUCUUUGCAGAAUAUUACAAGAUUGAAAUAUGCUUUACUUCUUUGGUUGAAUGCUAAAGGCACAAGCAAAAUUGUUUUCAGAAAUCAAUUGUGAGCUCCAAUUACAGGGAGAGAGAGAUAGAGAGAGGGGGGAAGGAUUUAUCCUUAUACAC